UUCCAUAUACAAUAUAGAUUUGAAGGAAUAAAAGGAAUAUAGGUGUGAAGAAGAAGAAUAUUAGUGAGAAUGUCAGGGGCACAAGGAGCACAACCGAAAGAGUCAAAGACAGCAACAACAUAUGAAUCAAAAGAGGGAGGACAGAAUCGUACAAGAACGGAUUUACUUUCAAAGGAAGAUCAAGGUGGCAUUCAAGUGGAUAAGCAUCAAGAGAAGGUCCAUGAUCCUGCUGGAAAAGGUGGUCCUGUCUUUGGUGCUGGCAAGGAUGACAAUAAACAAGACCUUGGAGUCACAGGCACUGGCUAGCUAGCAAGCUAGUUUUAAUUAACUAUCAUGGUUCUGUUUUUCUUCUUUGUUGUAAAUGGGACUGUAGUUUGUGGAAUAAGAAGGAAUAAAUUGUGGUUGAUCAUGUAAAUUGCUAUAAAUUUGUCUUAUAAUGAAUUAUCUUGGUGAA